AUGUCGUUUGUGAAAUUUAAUCACAAAAAAAGAGAAGUAUCCCAUCACCCAUGGGAGCGUGUGAUAAAGAGCCACAAUCUCAAAAACUUGAAAUAUGCGCAUAAUUCAGUACAGAAUCCCGAAUACCCCAAAACAGAAAAGAAAAAACACAAUGUAGACACGGUAAAGUUUACCAUUAUCGGAGACCGAGUCACUAAAGAAUUUAAUUAUUUUGUCAACAUAGCAAAUGGACUACAUAAGUACCGAUCGAAAUUAUUUGAUGCUCCAUCCAUAAGAGGAGUAACAACGGUAGAGUGGCCACAAGUUUUGAAUGAUUUAAAAAAGCAGUUCGGUGGUAUUGCUUACUGCUUGAGUAGCAGCGUGGCUAUUAUUCUGAAUGAUAAAUUUCUUGGCGGAGAAAAAGAAUUUAAAGACAUAAUUAACGCUAAAUAUUAUUAUCACAUAAUAUUGGAUUAUUACAAGGAAGGCGUAGAUCAAUUCGUAAAUUACGUCCGCAACUCUGGGAGACCUUGCGCUUAUAUGCACAUUUCAAUAGAUUCGUAUCCUAUCGGAACAUUAAUAUUUAUGCUUUAUGCAGAUAUUGUACCUAAUACGUGUGUAAAUUUUCUACGGCUAUGCCAAACAACUAAAGGCGGUUAUUCCGGAACACCCGUUCACCGCAUAGUUAAAGAUUGCUGGAUACAAUGUGGUGGAUUUGGAUUGAAAAGUAUCGAUUUAGACUGUGAAAACUUUAUUGUUCCUCAUGAUAGACGCGGAGUUUUGUGCAUGGCGAACGACGGAAGACACGUUGAUUGUUCCACCCAGUUCUUUGUGUUACUUCAACCAGCCCCUUGGAUGGCCCAGAAAUAUGUCGCUUUCGGUCAACUUAUAGAUGGUGAAUCUGUUUUACAAAAAAUUGAAUCAAUCCCUACUUGGUACGAGUCCCCUUCGGUAGAAAUUCUCAUAUAUAAAGCUGGAGUACUAAAUCUUGAAUGUCAGGAUAUAAUAAUUAAUAAAGGAACUAAUGCUUAUAUUGAUGGGCAUAUAGAAGAACUCGUUUCUUUGGGAAACCUCUUUAUUGAGGAAAUUAUGGCAAAAACAUUUUUGGAAAUAGAGUUGCGAGAGUUAGCACUAGAGGAACAAGCUCGAGGAGAAGCAGAAGGAUCUGUUGAAGAAGAGAAAAAGAACAUAAGAGCAACACAAAGAUUUAUUCGCAAAAAAGAAGAAAUCGAGAAACAAUUGAAAAAAAGUCAAACUGAUCACCCACGACCAUCAACAGCCGUGAGUGAAACUGUGGACGAAAAUAAUGAAUUUGAUGUUGAGGUGUACGACUAUGAACCAGAAGAACACGCGACCCCCUAUAAACACAUGUCCUUGAGUACGUUGAGUGUAAAGCAUCAGCCAGAAAGAUUGUACUACAUACCUCUGACGGAUGUUCCAUACCCGGGAGAAGUGGAUUCAACCUAUAACCUAAAGAAAUUUUUAAGAGGCGACUAUUGCCUUGAAUCCGAUUUACAAAAUGAAAUACCCAAAAAAGUAAUUGCCCCUCAAGAUUCAUAUAUUUCCGACAUAUACAAAUUUGACGACGACUCGGACGAAGUAUCGUUGAAAUCGCUUGAAUCAGAGGAAGAGAGGGAAAUACGAAGAUAUUUAAAGCUUAACGUAGAUCGUGUCAGCUUUGCUGGCGGAGUGAUCAAGGGCAUCGCUCGAGGAGUUGGUCAGUUUAAUAUAUUCGACGGUACAAGAAAGUCUGAACUAAUAACUGACGAAGAGUUGAGAAGAUUUAGAAUACAAUCUAUAGACCGAAGGUCGAGAGAUAAUGGUGAUAAAAAAGUUUCAAUAAGCAUACCAUGGGGUGUAAGGGAACCAAGCAAGAUAAAAAGGCGUCAAACUGGUUUUGUACGUAUGGAGGACUUGGAAAAGAUCCAUAUAAUUCAGAGAAUCAGUUCACCAGAUUUAAAUGAUUCAGAUGACGGAUCUUUCACGAAUAGCCGAAAGGUAAGGAUUGCACAAUCAGCAGUGGCCGCACAGACUGGAUCCAGACCAGCCCGUCGCCCAACAGGUUUUGUAAAACCAGCACAACUGGAACUUUCUGACUCCGAUAUGGAAGUCCGACGACAAUCCGUACUGACUCGACUGUAUGAGAAUCUCUCUAAUGACGAAGAUAUUGGAGGACCUACUUUAAAAGAUUACAGGCCUUUUGGGGAGACUGAACAUAAAAAUCUUUUGUUGACGUACUCGCCGAAUUCUCGGAUCAAAAGCGAUGAAAACACCCGGGAGAAAUAUUUGAGACACUCUUUGACGGUAGAAGAAGUUUCAUAUGACAAAGUGAUGAACUUACAACACAGCAAGAAGGUGGCUCGAAAGAUAUCUUCUGAUUAUGUGAAAACUAUAGACCAAAUGGAACAUAAGACCGAAAAUUCCAUAAGAAGCGUGGAAUAUGCAAAGAAUAGGCCCUCGAUGUCAGUUUCGGCGUAUCAGGCGAAGAAUUUGAAAUACGAACUGGAAAAGAAAAAAGCGCAAGAAACAAACGAAGGAAAAGGUACAGGAUCGAAAUGAGAAAAACAUAAUUUUUAUCGAACAGAAAAUAUAUUUUCAUGCAAGAUUUUGAAACAUAUUAUUUACUUUUAGAUAAUGUAAAAGUUCGUUUAAUAAAUUGAUAAAAACCGGUUACUUGUAUUAUUCACAUACAGAGUAAUGAAUCAAACAAUAAAUAAAAGGAGACAUAUUUUUAAUAACACUGUAAUUGCACAUAAAAUUUUCCAUCACAAUAUUAAUAUUAAUACUACAAGGUACGCGAUACGGUUACACUAUAACCGUUGUACACUUAACGUGAAAAUAUGAUUGUACAAUAUGUACGUAUUUUCAUACCAAACGUACCAAAAUAUUCAUAAGUAUCAUACCCACUUCCCGCUGCGACUGUACAAAAUCUUUUACACAAUAUUGUAGUUAACUGUACAAUGUACUGAGCAUUAUUUCAAUUUAUGUACAUUCACCUACACAAUUCAUCCUUACAUACAAACGGUAAAAUCUAAUGGCACACGCGUGUAGAAUUUCAGCGUCGAAUAUUUGUAAAAACGCAUAGUGUAUGUUAUUUGUAUGCUAUAUUAUGCUAUGUGUUCCAUGAUAUCGAUGCCAAUAGGUAACUAUAUACACUCAACUAUUAUAUACACUAUAUUGAUCCACGUUUUAAGAUUCAUAACAUCUAGUACCCCAACUUUUAAGACACUUCAACUCUUAAGUUUACCAAUCCUCACUCACCAUACAAAUUUUUCAUAUAAGGUAGCUUUUGAGCUAAUUAAAAAAUGUAUACCAACUUGUUUUGACGUAAACAAUAGCAAUAUGCUAGUAAUUCAUAUCUAAGGAUAUAUAAGGAAAAAGAGAAGCGAUACUUUAUGUGAACUGUUGGUCAAAUAAUUUUAGUCUUUAUUACUAUCGCUUUAGAAGUCUAACGUGUUUAUAUAAAGCCUAUUGCAACUAUUCUAAAUAUAGAAUACGAAAUA